UGUGUGUGUGUUUCAUGCUGCAGGGACUGAGACAUCCUCCUUUAGAGUCAGGAUGAGUGGAAGAAAGAAGGGGAAGAAAGGGAGAUGAAGCCUGGGUAGAUGUGCUUCUGGGGUGGAUAAAGGGUGAGCGAUGAUUGCAGGGAGAAGAAGGCGUGACAAGAAUGUCAGAAAACCCCCGGCACACACAGGCAGGCACACACGUUUUCUCUUCCUCUCCUCUUCCUCUUUCCCAAUCCUUUUUUCUCUCUCUCUCUCUCUCUCAAACACACAUUCAUCACUUCUCUGAACAAAGAUAAGCCAGGCAGCUGAACAUUUUCCACCAAAGGAAUUCUACCAACCACCUUCUCUCCAAAAAAAGGGACCCGCCGACAACAAAACUAGAAGCAAACAUGAGGUACUUUCUGGUCUGGCUGGUUUGUCAUGUCCAACUGGUCAACACCGAAGCCGUGGAGCUGACUGACAUGUUUGGGGAGAUUCAGUCCCCCAACUUCCCAGACUCUUACCCCAGCGAUGCAGACGUGACCUGGAACAUUUCAGUGCCGGAUGGCUUUCGCAUCAAGCUCUACUUCAUGCAUUUUGACCUCGAAUCUUCCUAUCUAUGCGAAUACGACUACGUCAAAGUGAGUAUCAAUUCACACCAUUAUUUUCUGGUUGAGUCAGAAGACCAAGCCCUAUCUACCUUCUGUGGGAGGGAGGCCACGGACACGGAGCAGACACCAGGACAGCAGCCCAUCCUGUCUCCAGGUUCGUCCAUGAGCAUCACCUUCCGGUCAGACUUCUCCAACGAGGAACGCUUCACCGGUUUCGAUGCUCAUUACACAGCUGUGGAUAUUGAUGAAUGUCUGGAGAAGAGCGACGAGGAACUGGCCUGUGACCAUCAUUGCCACAACUAUAUCGGCGGGUAUUAUUGCUCCUGCAGAUUUGGGUAUAUCCUCCAUUCUGACAACAGGACUUGCAAAGUGGAGUGUAGCGACAACCUCUUCGCCCAGAGAAAUGGGGUGAUCCAUAGCCCAGACUUCCCAAAUUCCUACCCAAAAAGUUCCGACUGCUUGUACCGCAUUGAGCUGGAAGAAGGCUUCUUCAUUACCCUCCAAUUCGAAGAUAAUUUUGACAUUGAAGACCAUCCGGAAGUGACUUGUCCAUACGACUACAUCAAGAUCACAGCUGGAGUCAAAGAAUUUGGUCCUUUUUGUGGGGAAAGAUCUCCAGGUCGGAUCGAAACCCGGAGCAACAUCGUCCAUAUUUUGUUCCAUAGUGAUAACUCCGGAGAGAAUGGAGGCUGGAAACUUUCCUACACAGCUAUAGGGGACCCAUGUCCACUCCUGGAGCCUCCGCCCAAUGGCCGAAUUGACCCUUCCCAGGCGACGUAUACCUUCAAGGACCAGGUGGUCAUCAGCUGCAACACAGGAUACAACAUCCUCAAGGACGGAGUGGAGAGCGAAUCUUUCCAGAUCGAGUGCAUGAAGGACGGAGUGUGGAGCAACAAGGUCCCCAUCUGUCAAAUUGCAGACUGCAAGGCGCCUCCCAGGUUGGACCACGGCUUUGCCUCCUUCUCCUCACCAGCCAACCUGACCACCUUCCAAUCAGGGAUCCAGUAUUCCUGCCACCAUCCCUACUACCACAUGGUGCCCAACAUCUCAGGUACCUACAUCUGCAAUGCCAAGGGAUUUUGGCAGAGUCCAGAGCUGGGCAGGCGCCUUCCUACCUGUCAACCAGUCUGUGGGCAACCCCUUCGCCCUCUGCCCACCUUAUUCAAGCGCAUAAUCGGCGGACGCAACGCAGCCCCAGGCUACUUCCCUUGGCAAGCACUCAUUGUGGUGGAGGACACCUCUCGGGUCCCCAACGAUAAAUGGUUUGGAAGUGGGGCCCUCCUCUCCGAAUCCUGGGUGCUGACAGCUGCCCACGUCCUCCGCUCCCAGCGCCGGGACAACACCAUCAUCCCCGUCUCCAAGGAGCACGUCACCGUCUACUUGGGCCUCCACGACGUGAGGAAUCGGGUGAACGCCGUCAACCGAACGGUGGAGAAGAUCAUCCUCCAUGAGGCCUUUGACAUCCAAAACUACAACCAUGACAUUGCGCUAGUGAAGCUGAAGGAGAAGGUGAGCAUGGGGCCCUACGUAAUGCCGGUGUGCCUGCCACAAUCCGGGCAUGAACUGGAAGGACCGGAGCCCAACACUCUGGGUUUGGUGGCCGGCUGGGGCAUCUCCAACCCCAACGUCACAGUGGACGAAGUCAUCAGCUCUGGCAUGAGGACCCUCUCCGACGUCCUGCAGUACGUCAAGUUGCCGGUGGUGCUCCACGCUGAGUGCAAGGAGAGCUACGAAUCCCGAUCGGGAAACUAUAGCGUGACUGAGAACAUGUUCUGUGCUGGGUAUUACGAAGGGGGCAAAGACACCUGCCUGGGAGACAGCGGAGGGGCUUUCGUCAUCCAAGACCUGGAGACCCAACGGUGGGUUGCCCAAGGCUUGGUCUCCUGGGGAGGGCCGGAAGAGUGCGGGAGUAAACAAGUCUAUGGGGUUUACACCAAAGUCUCCAAUUAUGUGGAUUGGCUGCAGGAGAAAAGCGGGUGGACAUUCAAGGAUACGGCCAACCGGGACGGAUGAACCAGGAUGAGAUGGGUACCUGCGCAUGGACAGGGAAGAUGUUGCCAAACGGUAUCCAGGUGGAAUUGCGUCACAAGCAUUUGGAGGGGUGCAAUUCCCAUUAUUUCACCCAAUGAGGGUCCAUUAUGAUUAAACAAACAUGUCUACUCGACAUUGCCCGGGUUGGUGAGAGGGGCUGCUAUUCCCCUGCUUUAUCUCUGCUUUUUCUUUCCCUCCCAUCAUACUUUUUCCCUUUUGCUUUCUCUUCUUUCCUUCCCUCCCUUAUUUGAACUCCCACCAUGAAAUAAAGAGUCAGGGCCAUUUUCUGACUUACUUAUUGAAAGAACUUGUUAUAACCUGUAGAGGGAAGAUCUGUAAAAAUGCCAAAUAUAACUCAUGGCUUAAUAGCCACCUAGUGAGUCUAGUCCAUGGGCCAGGAGUCACUUACUCUGAUCACCUCAAAGGACAUGCGUGCACCAAGGUUCCCGAAGGCCAAUCAAAAUUCUGUCUGCACCUCUCAGCCGAUCAUAAUUGGAAGGCCAUCCUGAGGGUGCUCCUUCCCAAACUUCAGAGUUUUGCAAGAGUGAGAACCCUCAAUCCAGCCCCAAGGGUAGUUCCCAUUUUAUGAAAACUUGGCGACUUUUGUGGGAGUCCACCCUUCACCCCCUAAGCUGCCUACCAUAACUAUUUAACCUGUAACAUGCCUUGUAAACUUAUUACAUACUCAAGGAAACCUAUUUAAAUGACACCACCCCAAAGCUCUUAUGGUUCCAUCACAUUGAGCCAUGCCAGUUAAUUAAAGUAGUUUCAAUCUCCAUUCAUUCCACAGUGUAGAUGCACCCAUCAUGCAUGAUCUCCAGCAUAAAUACGUGUGCGCCUAUUGCAUGCACAUAUGCUCAAUGUGCUUGAAAUAAAUACUCAAGGAAACCUAUUUAAAGUAGUUUCAAUCUCCAUUCAUUCCACAGUGUAGAUGCACCCAUCAUGCAUGAUUUCCAGCAUAAAUACGUGUGCG